CUCUUAUAAAACUAAAAUAAACAAGUCUGCCAGCAACCAACAAAAUGGCUCCCAGUGUAAUGCUAUCUCUAGUACAUUGCAGUGUACAUGCCCAGUCUUGUUUUGAACCCCCAAAGGGAGGGGGUGGAGUUUGAGAGGCUUCUGGUUACGUCAUCAGUACGCGAGCCAAUAGGAAUGCGAGCCACCCUUCCAGGCUGGCCCUCUGCCUUUGCACAAUCCCCGAGCUUUCUUGACAGAUGCAUACCGUACCGGAGGGGGUCUGAGGCGGAUGAAUCUCAACACCGACCCCGGAAGGCAAGACGCCUAGAGGCCUGUGCGUCCGCUGUCCAGAAAGAGCAGGUUCUUUGCAUUCUCCAUGGUAUCGCCUUCAAAACAAGGUAGAACCAGCAGAGAAACAUUUCAAUUUAUACAUAAAUAAAUAAAUAAAUAAAUAAAAUGGUCAGCAAAGCUCAUUCUGCCCUGAAAAUAAACAUGUCAUAAUAUUUCUAAUUAUUAAGUAUUUUUUUUUAUUAUUAUUUUUUUGUGUGUGCAAUAAACCAUGUAUUUAUUUAUCUCCAAGUAUUUAUUUCUAAAUCCCAAAUGAGGUAAAGCCAGCACCCAUAAACAUAAAGAUUUUAUAUAAUAUAAUAUAUAUAUACAGUAUGUAGAAUAAAGAUGCACUCUUCUGUCUUUUUAAAGAGAAAUAGUAGUAUUUUAAUCCAUCAAAAGGUUUACAGGUUGCUGAUCAAUGUUUCGACCCGUUCGGGUCUUCCUCAGGAUUUUUAUAUAAAUAAAUAUGUAUAUAGAGUUUCUGCAACAGAGAAAUAAGUAACAUUUUAGGACUCUGAUUAAAAUAUUUUAUGCAAAACUACAAGUUAGUCAUUAUAUUAUUUAAAUAAAUGUAAUGAUUUGACUAUAUAAAGAUGCCGAUGAUCAUAUGUUGACUAAGUAUAUUUUAUUUGCCGUCGGUAAACGCUGCAUAUUUAAUUCCCCAUACGGGAACUAGCUCCAUUGACUUGUGCUGUUUUUCAGCCAUCCCAAUAAAUAAUUCUUCAAGGAGGAAAGCAACAAUUGGUUUUUAAAAAUAUUGGACUGUGUUUUUUUUAUGUUUGUUUUUUUUAGGGUGGGUGGCAGAUAGAGGGUUUUCAUGUAUUUUGAUAAAUUACGUGCAAAGCUGUUUAUUGUGGACAUUGACGUUCAUUGUAUGUUUAGGGAUCUGUAUAGGCGAGCAUCAUGCCAUAUAGAGGUCUGUAUAGGCGAGCAAUGCCAUGUAUAGGGGUCUGUAGGCGAGCUUCAUAGAAAGCACAUCAUUUGCGUUAUCUGAAGGAGAUGCUUGAGUUAACUAGGUUCAUCUUGAGAAUAUGUUAGUGACUAUUGAGAACUAACUGGAUACAGUCAAAUAUGGUACACUAAGAACAGGGGGUAACCCCUAGUAGAAAUGAACGGUUAACUUGAGAAUAGUGUACCAAGAAUGUAUUGGGAGGAAGCAACACGUACCUGUGCUACAUAGUAACCAAAAAAAUAUAUAGGAAUCUAAAGCACGAGUUAAAAAGACCAAAGGUCAAAAAACAAAAAAGAAUUUAUUGGAUACUGUAUAGUAUAAUAAAAAUUGCUAAUGGCAAUAACCCAAAAGUGCUUAACCAAAAUACAAAGUGAAAAAACAAAACAAAAAGGUUAAAUAAAUGCGAAAGGAUACUAAGAUACAUGUAUCGAUGAGACUCAGUAUGAAGUUACUUAAGAUACAUGUAUCGAUAAGUCUCAAUAUAAUAAAAUGCUAUAAGAUACAUGUAUCAAUGAGUCUCAAUGUAAUUAGAUGAGUAUUUCAAUAAAUAAAUGUAUUGGAGCAGUGUAGUAACAUACAAGGUUAACUCUAAUGUCCUAAAGAAUAUAAGAGUGAUAAGCAACAGCACACGUCUGUGCUGACGGGAAAACAUUAGCUAAUGAUAGCCAUAGUGGUAAUGGGGGGAGCAGAUAGAGUCUGAGGAUUUUUUUUGUGACCCUUGGAAGUAUAUAGCAAUCACAUGCUUGCACUACAUGCCACGCCAACUCAGCUUGCCAAUUCAGACAGUUCUGGUCUUCCAUAACACCUCAGCAGUGCCACAGGCUAAAAGCUUCCAUGCCACGCCGCAUUGAGGCAGUAAUUGCUACAAAAGGGGCCCAAACCAAGUACUGAGUCCAUAUGCAUGCUUAUACUUUUCAGAGGUCCGAUAUUGUUCUAUGUACACUCCUUGUUUUAUUGAUUGCAUGUAAUAUUCUAAUUUACUGAGAUUGUGGAUUUGGGGUUUUCAUGAACUGUAAGCCAUAAUCAUCGCACUUAUGACAAAUCACGGCUUGAACUAUCUUGCUUUGCAUGUAAUGCGUCUAUCUCAUAUAUUAGUUUCCCCUUUUAAGUUGCAUUACUGAAAUAAAUGAAGUUUUGCACGAUAUUCUAAUUUUUUGAGUAUCACCUGUACACACUGAUACACACACACACACACACACUCAGAAAUAGUAUACACAUACUGCUACACAUACAAAAUGCUACACACACAGUCCAGCAUAGUGCACAUGCUGCAAGUCAUUUUCUUAGAUAUUUAGGUGAUUUUAUUUAUUUUUUCCCCCUUCCAAAUAUUUAUUUUUUCAUAUGUCACUCCUUGUGAUGUUAUGUAACAUCUGUUGAUGAUACGUCGUGUGAUGUCACUCAUGUAUUAUUAAUUAUGCAAAUUAGCCUUGCUGUUAUUUUUAACCGUAUUGGUGACAGAAUCUGAAAGAGUGUUUACUGGAGUAACUGAAAACAGGACUGUCAGAACUUAUCUUUAAGAGUGUCACUGCUGAGUUUUGAGCACACCUCUAUAACUAGCUACAACUAUUUGGAAACAGAUGCCCCUAACUAUGCUUACAAUGUCAUUGGUGCCAGUACGUGUUAAAGUCUUUAAUUCUUAGCUUUGAUGCACUUUACUCUCCAGUAAUGCAUCAAUAGAGUUUACUGGGGUGAAGGAAAUGUGAUCUGUCAGAAGAGUCUAUAAUAGUAUGCAGAGAGGCUCAGCCCACGGCCACAGAACGGAGUCUGUCCUCACCCUCUCUUCAGAGUAAUAAAGAUCUGGAAGGAUUGAAACACUGCCAGGUGCCUUAGUGGUUACUGAAAUAAAGUAAAAAGGAAAUUCACUUUAAUAUACAUAAUACACUUCUUAUAUUUUAUAUAUAUAUCUGUUCAAACGACAUCAUAUACAAAUGAAGAACUCCAAUGUAUCUAAAAAUAUAGCAAAUUCCUCUUUUAAGUUGAUAUUUGACCAGUUUCCUCUUUUGAAAAAUUAACACUUUUUAAAAAUUAUAUGACAUGCCUUUCUAAUUAGGCCACAUUGCACGUACCAUACACAUUCAGCUUAAUUAGUCAGUCUUACCUCUCAAGAAAUAGGAUAGAAAAGAUCACACUGGUUUGAAGAAGCAUUUACCAACCAUUGUAUCCCAGUCUUUUCCAAAAGCUAGGAGGGGAAGUGUAAUGAUGUCAUGGCAAUAGUCAUUUAAAUAACUUUUUGGUAAACAUGGAUAAAUUUUAUCUAGCUUCAGUUUUGAAUGGUAACAUAACAUCUGGGUAAUAAUAGAAUAGAGAGGACAGAAACAGCACACAGGGGGUUUGCUAAACAACAACAAUGGAAAUCUAACUAGUUUGGUUGAGGUGUAGAUAAAGCCUUAGUAUCCAAAUGUUGUGGUGGGUGAAUGUUUUGAAUAAGGACAACAUAGAUGCUCAGGAAAUACUUUCAACAGGAGACGUUUCUUCAUCUGGCCAGUAGGAGGUGCCCUAGAAGAAUUAGCCCUGAGAACCUUAUGUAAUGGAUACAGUUGAAUAGUGGCAGAGACAACAUGUUCAGAGUGACCAAUGUGGCAGCCUAACUCUGUUGAAAACUGUCUGGCAGGACAGAUAGAUUGGAAGAUUUAGCUUGAAGCCUCGAUACACUAAACAUAGAAAGACAAGCAAAUCCACCAAUUUUGAGUAAUGAUAAGCUGAAAAGAGCCAAGAAGGACAAAGUCGUUUGAAUGAAGGUGUGCACAGAAAGUCUCACAGGUACAAACAUGAUGACAAUGGGUUGAAGAGCCAAAGUUUUGUUACCAUUGAGGAAAGCGUGCACACAUGGUGUCUGAUCUUCAAACAAUCCCUAAGACAACUGCACAUCAUAUGGUCCAUUUAAUAAUAUUUAUAAAGCGCCAACAAAUUAAACACAAUGGGUGGUCUGUUAUUUGCAACAAGAAAAGUUGGAUGAGGAUGUUGAGGGCACUGCACAAAAAGCCUGCAUUCUAGAAGGAGUGGGGUAAAGUAACACAAGAAGUAAGAGUAGGAUGUAUUUCAUGUAUGUAAAAAAGUAGGUUUCUAGAAUGGUUUACAAUGAAGGCUUAGUUUUUUGGAUGACACAGUUGAAAAGAGGAAGCUGGGUGUGUUACCAAGGUGCGGGGAGGAAAGGCUAUUAACAGUUUAAUUGAUAUACUUUACUAAAGAACUAGGUUUUUAAUGAUUUUAAUGAUCUUUUGAAGGAAUGGAGAUUGGGUAAGAGUUUAAUGGAGCAGGGAAGUGAGUUCCAUAGGAGUGGUGCAGUCUAGAGAAGUCUUGAAGGUGGUAGCAGAUGGUAAACACAGAUCUUUGGCAGAGCAUAGGGGCCUGGACAGGACACACUUGUGUAUUAAUGAGGAUAGGUAGGUAGGAUCAGCAUUAUGUAGAGAUUUGUAAGCAAGAACCAGAAUUUUAAAUUGAGCCCUAAAUCUUACGGGAAGCCAGUGUAAGGAUUGACAGAGGCUGGAGGCAUGGGAGGUGCGAGCAGACAGGAAGAUGAGCCUCGUUGCCACAUUCAUUGCAGUAGUCAAGGUGAGAUAUGAUAGUGGCAUGGACCAGCACCUUAGCCGUAUCUGGUGUUAGUAGCAGACGUAAACUAUGUGUUUGAGAUGAAACUGGCAGGUGAGUGAGAUUUGGUGAGUGACUGGACAUGAGGGGUGAAUAAGAGUUUGUAGUCAAAGAGAAUACCAAAGCAGCAAGCCUGCGAGGUACAGCUGAUGGCAGUGUCAUUUACUUGAAGGGAAACAGACAUGGGAGUAGCAACACUUGAGGGAGAAAAGAUGAGAAGUUCUGUUUUGGACAAGAUAAUUUUCUUCAAUUUGACAAUUUUUAUUUUCACAGGUAAUGAAAAUCAUGUGGACAAGAUCAUUUUAUGGUAGUGAGCAGACAUCCAGUUAGAAAUAACAGAGAGGCAGAGACAUGUGUCAAGAGGAACAGCAAGAGAUCAGGAGAGGACAGAUACAUUUGCUUGUCAUCAGCAUAGAAGUGAUAUUGUAAGUCAAAAGAGCUGAUGAGUUUACCAAGGGAGGCAGAAUAGUUCCAGAACAGUAUGGGACCAAGGACAGAGUCACUGACAGACAGCGGUUGAGGAGAGGAGGAGUAAGUGACUUUAGGAUUGCCAUCAGAAUUUUAUGACCACUUUUCCACAACUGGGAUUGAGAGACCGCAACAUUCUUAAAAUAACCUUUAUUCUAAAUACUCUUCGGUUGUUGCACUGGCCCAGGGAUACCUGCAUUUUCACUUUUGAGGAAGAAAAUCUUUCCUCCUCCAAAUGAUCCCGAAAUAGAAGGCACCUCUAGAAAUGUUGAGACUGUUCUCUGACAGAUCAUUUCAUAAGCCAUAGCUUGAGCCAUGCUGUUUGUCUUACUGAAAUUGAAGGGGCAAUGUAUGUAAUCAAAACAUCAAGCCAAUAUCCAAUGAAGUUUCAGUAAAGAAUUCUGAAACCAACUUAAUAUUUUGUAGUGAAUACAACAUUUUGUCUUUCCAAAUUCCAGAAGCCAGAUCUGAAAAAGGAAUCAGUAAAUGUCUCACCAGCGAGUCAAAAAGUCAGAUACAACUGGAAAACCUAUGAUAUAAUAUAUAAAGGGACUGGGUGAGAUAAUUAUAGCAUAAAGUGAGUCUGAUGGGGCAUUUAAAGGACCCUUCAUCGCUACUGCUCAGAACAAUGCAGCAACGUCAUACCCAGGUACCUUAGGAGAAUGGCAUACUGAAACUAACGGAUUAUCGCAGCAGCCACUCCAGUGGACUCAAGUACCCAGAUGUCUGAUAAAACGAUACUCUGGCACUUUAAUGGAAGAGAGGCUGAACUGCUUAGAAAUAACUGUAUAACCGCAACGACUGGGACGUUGUAUGCACUGUGCAGAGCUAUAGUAUCUCCCAUAGAAAAGAUAUACAGGGUUAUUCAUCAUAGUGAGAAUGCAAGGAGGAUUUAAAAUUUAAAGUCAAAAUGUCUGAACUGGAAUAAUACGUCCGCUAUGCUUUCAGUUCUGCUAGUCUGGCUUUAUGUUUGAAAUUCCCUUAGAAUUAACAUUGAAUUCUCAUUUUAGGGAAUAGCCCUGUUAGUUGCAAUUUACUGAAUGCCUUGCUCAACAAGGCUUACCUCCCAAUGGACCACCCUGCCUUAAUGUCACUGGCAAAAGGUCUGAUCCCUUCUGUAUGAUAUUUACGUAUUAACAAGAAAAGAAAAUUGCUCAUCUCUCUGGCUGUCAAAGGGUUAAACAGAGACAUAUACUCCUCAUUGCUUUCUUUACAAUGUGCAAUGUCCAUGGGUUCAUUUUUUUUUAUUAUAAUUUUUAUAUUUUUGCAGUGCAUAAGGGUUUGACAUACGAGCAUGUGGUGCCCCAACAGCAUUCCACUUGCUUAGUUAGAUUAACCCCUAUUACCUCCUGUAACCUUCUCUUUUGAGGGAAUAGUGGGGGGGUUUGUCUACCUCCACUACUCCUUCUUUUGCUUAUUUUUAGUUAGAUUAACAGUUGUAACAGUGGGGUACACGGUAGGUCUUGCACAGUUUUUUAAAAUAAGAUUUGUGGUUGCAAGCAUUAGUAACAUGAAAAAGACAAGUUAUCGAUUGUAGUAGAUCUUGAUGAGCAUGCUAGACUAGAUAAUCGGUAAGCAUAUAACAGCGUUAUUUGUUCUAUGACACAAGUUAUGCAGGUAUUUAACACUAGCUUAUUCAGACAGGAAUAUGUAUUUUUAGAAUGUAUAUUAAAGAUUAUGUUAACGCUAGGUGAGUCGCUUUACUGAGUUUAACGUCAGCUUGUGAGAGUCUGUUAGUUGCAGGGGCCCCCCACUUUGAGUGUGGUCUAAAAUGUCUACUGUACCGGCGGGGACACGUGUGGAUGCCAACCGGCUGAUCGGGUAUUCACCUUCCCUCAGCCGAUGCCCAGUCUGUGGGGCGGUUGUUGGUCCCGGUGGAGCCGACAAGCUUUCUGCUGUGAUCUGUAAGGCUGUUCUGCCGCUGGGUGCCAUGAGGCGUCCCUGUUCGGGGGUCCGCCAUCUUGUGGGGCUGAGCGUUGUGGAGUUCUGCUCUUCCGGGCUCCGUCCCUUCUCUCCCUUGAUACCCGCUUUUCACAGCAUGUUUCCAGCUUCCACGGAGUGGCAGGUGCGUGUGACAUCGUUGUGUGCCGCUUCUUGCGGGGCCUCCGUUUUUUCGCCCCUUCACCCCGUGUAGGUCUGCGGGAGUGGGUUGGUGGUGUUGCAGGUUUAGCUGCGGGCUCGUCAGGCUCCGAUAUGCCCUUUUGCCGAGCUGCCAGUGUUGCCCAGAAUCUGGCGAAGAUAAGGUCGAGCCUUGCCUGAGAUGACGCAAGGUAGGCAUCGGCUGUAGGGUUAAUCGCGUUUUCCGCCAACUUGCGAGUCGCUCUGUCAUGCUGUCCGGUAGACAUCGGGUGUAGUGGUGGGGACCCUCCUGGCACCGGAAUGACACCCACCGGUCCAUAGAGGGGGGGAGGGUGGAAGUCCGCCAUGCUUUCAUUCACCAGUGCCAGGAAGCGGCCGUCUCUCCAGCGCCUGGCACGCUUGUAGGCCGCAAGGGGUUGCAUCUCAGUGAUCUGGGCCCAAAAGGUUCCGAGUUUAGCCUCUUUCAGAUCCUCUCAGUCUCCCCUCUGCGGCUGGCAAAAUUUGCGGUAAAUUCCACUGCUUGGCUGGGUGUAAGUGUACUCAUAAGCUUAGUGGGCUCAGGAGCUCGUGGGACCUGCGUCCGUUCAGUUAGCUGGUCAAGCCCCGUCCAUGGGUUCAUUUAAGUUCCAAAUGUUAUAGGUAAAUUGUACAGUCAUACAUAUUAUACAGUAUAUUAGAAUCUCUCUUUACAUAGGUGAAAUCUAAAAAGUAGCAAAGUAUUAAGAAUUUUUAAACUUUUUUUAUUUAUUUUUUCAUUGCAAAAAGUAUUAUUAAAGGGACACUCCAGGCACCCAGACCACUUCUGCCCAUUGGUGUGGUCUGGGUGCCAACUCCCACUACCCUUAACCCUGCAACUGUAAUUAUUGCAGUUUUCAUAAACUGCAAAAAUUACUUUGCAGGGUUAAGUCCUCCCCUAGUGGCUGUCUGCUGUCUACUAGACAGCCACUAGAGGGCACUUCCUGGUCCAUAGCACAGGUUUUCUGUGCUAUAGCGUCGCUGGACGUCCUCACACUGUGUGAGGACCUCCAGCGUCGCUAAAAUCCCCAUAGGAAAGGAUUGAAAAGCAUUUUCAAUGCUUUCCUAUGGAGAGGUCUAAUGCAUUAGGUCUCCCCAGCCGGCGGGCGGGUUCAGUCUUCCCCCGCUGACUGACGUAAUGAAGGGGAGGAGCGGCGGCGGAGGAUGAAGCAGCGACGUGGGACAUGUCGCUGCCUCUGGUAAGUGACUGAAAGGGUUUUCACCCUUUCAGCAACCGGGGAUGGGAGGGAGAGGGGACCUGCAGUCCCUUUAAAUUAUUUCACACUCUUGGUUCGUGUUGACAUUAAAUAAAUUGGCGCAGCUGAAAAUUCUUGUUCUUGGGUAGAACACUGGCUGAAAGAUAGAGUACAGUGAGUUGUCAUUAAUAGUACAUUUUUAAGCUGGACAAAAUUGGUAAGUGGUUCUGUUCUGGGUCCGUUUCUAUUUAACAUAUUUAUAAAUUGUCUUGAAAUAGGCAUUGAAAGUCAUGAUUCAGUGUUUGCAGAUGACACAAAACUCUGUAAAGUAAUACAAUGUAAGCAGGAUAUUACUUGGCUGCAGAGGGAUUUAGAUAAAUCGGGUGACGGGGAAAUGCAAAUGGCAGAUUAAAUCUAAUGUAGAUAAAAGCAAAUUUAUGCACUUUGGGGGUAAAGAAUGCACAAACAACUUACACCCUGAACUAGUCAAUUAAGGAUAACGACACACUAGAAGAAUUUGAACUUGUUAUAGACAACAACUAGGCAACAAUGUGCAAUGCCAGUCAGCAGUUGCUAGGGGGCCAGUAAGGUAUUGUCAGGUUUAAAAAAGGGGCAUUAAUCCAAAAAAUAUAAUUUUGCCUCAUUAUAAAUCAAGGGUAAGAUCACAACUUAGGUAUACUGUGCAAUAUUGGGCACCUGUUCUAAAGAAGAAUAUUAUAGCACUAGGAAAGUGCAGAGACGGGCUACAAAAUGAAUAAAAGGAAUUUCAACAUUGUAGUUAUGAAGAAAGGUUACGACAUUUAAAUCUGUUUAGUUUAGAAAAACACUGCCUCACAGGGGAUAUGAUAACAUUAUAAAAAUAUAUUUGGGGCCAACACAAAACCAUUGUCUGGAAAUGUAUUCAUAAACAGGAUUAUACAUAGGACAUAAAGUCAUGCAUUUAGACUAGAAUAAAGGAGAUUUAGUCUAAGGCAAAGGACAAUAAGAAUGUGAAAUUCUCUGCCUGAAGAGGUGGUUUUAUCAGAGUAGGUGCAGAUCUUUAAACAGCAACUGAAUGAAUACUUGCAAAACAUAAUAUUGAGGGAUAUCAUGUUUAAUUUGUGAGGUAAUGUCUUCUUUAUCCAGGGAGAUAUCUGACUGCCAUUCUGGGGUCAAGAAGGAAUGUUUCCCUAGUUUGUUGCAAAAUUGGAAAGUGCUUCAAACUGGAUUUUUUUGCCAAAAAAACCAGAUGUGAGUAAAACCAUAUGUGAGAAAGGCCGAACUUUAUGGGCGCAUGUCUUAUUUCGGCUAUGUAACUAUAAAACUAUGUAAUGUAAAAAAAGAAACAAGAGCGCUGACUCCAAUCUCGUCCUGCCUCCCUCCCACACUUUCCAUUCAAAGGGGGGGAACCUGUAACAUGUCCCUUGUAGGUACAAAAAGUGUUUAUUCAAAAUGAGUGUUUCAAUAGGACUCACCAAUUAAAACCAUCAGAUGUGUCUUUUAAAUGUGGUUUUGGUGUCACUAUUUUUCUAAUCAUUCCAGUAAAGAAUAGGUAAAUAAUAACAGAUCAGAGUUCAUCUUUUAUCUCGGAUUUCUUUUCAGCUGCAGUGACAAACUGCACUUGGAUCUUCUACAGCUAACGGAGCACUAGACCUGAUACAACUGUCCGUCACAGGGUCGGCGGGACGACAUAUAUCAAAAAAAGAUGUUGAUAGACCAAGAUGAGACUGAACCACAGAGACAAUUUAAUGCAGCAGUGUCUGUCAUCCAGGGCCUGCCUAAAAAUGGUAGGUACACAUAGACAUAGAAUCAAUUCUUCAGCAUGCAUUCAAGUGAGAAACCUUUUUUUUCCCAUGGGUUUAUUUAGUCUAUCCAUGGCAAGUUACAGUGUAUAUAAAGUAUAAAUCCAUAGAUUGACAGAUACUCCUACAGAUACUAAAAUAGUUUCUAUUUUCUUCCCUUUUUCUGAGUAUAUUAAAAGCAAAUGCAUAGUCAGAAUCCUGGCACAGGAAGGGGAGCAGGUGAAAUAAAUAUUGUAAAAGGAUUAUUCUGUAUGUUUGCCUCCUGUAUUUUGCAUUUGACAAUACUUGCAAGACUGUUCUAUGUAGCUAUUGCUACUUCUGUCAGUUGGUAUAUGUGUAAUGUGCCUGGCAGUGAAAAGUACCAGAUUAUGAACACUUAUUCUGUACUUUAGCCAUUAAAAUCUGCUUUGCCUCUGUACUUUGAUUCUGGCACUCAUCGCUGACAGUGAUUCGGUCAAAAUCCAAUACAGAACCUUUUUACAGCAAAUGGUAUCCUCCUGUAGAAGUCAGAGUCUCACAUUUAACCUUUUGUUUAUAAAAGGUGUACAUAGCUCAGUGAUAAGAAAACCAUAAUCAGCCAGUAUUUGUGAACAUUAUUUCUUUUUUUUAAAUUUUAUUGGAAACAAUUAUUUGACAGCAUUGAUGGCAAUGAUUGGCUGGGAGAGGACCACAGGCCAGUUUCCCCAGUAGUUGCUGCUCACCAUUGCAGAUCAAGGUUGAACAGCUUUUGGCGGAUAAAGCAGAAGGGAACCCAGGUUUUUUGUUGAACCAUUUGAAAAUAGAGGGACUGCACCAAAAUAACUACUUGCCCCACAACCACUGGAAUAAACUGUAUUUAUUAUAGUGCUUAAAGUGCACCUGUCAUGCCCAACAUAUAUUGAUUUUUUUUUUCUGACUAUACAAAAAAAAGUUUUGCAAUAGAUUUUAUUCGGUGCAUUCAGCUCUAUGGAACUUGCUGUCAGUGUAUAAUAAUUGAUAAUAUUGGAAAAAAAUUAAUAUUGCAAUAUUUCAGCCAUGCCACAGGAAGCAUGUUUUACAAAUGUAUAUUUAUUUUGUUCCUCACAAAAUGUAUUUUUCUUGCCCAAUGAUUAGGUGCAUAUCGUCCAUCGUAUGAAGAGAUGCUUCGAUUCUACAGCUACUACAAGCAGGCCACAGUAGGUCCCUGUAGCAUUCCGCGGCCUGGAUUCUGGGAUCCUAUUGGUCGAUAUAAGUGGUAAUUAAUUCCUUAAAUAUGGUACUGCACUAUAUUUUAUAAAUAUAUUUUACAAAUAUUGAGUUCGCUAUUAGGAUAAACAGGUCUCUACAGGCCUACUGAUGACAAACAAGUAGUACAGUAGAUUGUACAUUGUCCCAGAAAAUUGUGCAGAUCUUAUAAUUUAAUAAUGCAUAUAUUUUGUCAUUAGUUAUAUACUGAGAAUAGAACGUGAUAAUAUAGGUGUAUAUAUGUCAAAAAUAAAAUUUAUGUGUCUUAAGGGAUGCCUGGAACCGGCUUGGAGACAUGAGUCAAGAUGAUGCCAUGUGUGCUUAUAUCAAAGAGAUGAAAUCAGUGGCACAAAAGGUAUGACACAUGUUUACGAACUACGAAAAGAAACAAAGAAAAACAAAACUCAAAACAGUGCACAUAUAUAUUUCUGAUCAAUCAAAUGUCCCUGGCAGCCCGUAGGAACCCAAAACCAAAAUCUAAAAUGUUCUGCUUAUUCUAAAUCAUUUCUUUCUGUCCGUGUCACCUUCACUGGAAGGUCAUUGUGUAUUGUGACAGCCAUUUCUAUAAACAAGAACUUCCUCACAUUUCUCCGCAAGCUUCCAAGUUUCACCUAUAUUUACAUCCUCAUCCCACUAUUUACAUUAACCAACAUUUAAAUCUCCUCUGCCAUAUUCUUUUCCUGCUAGGAAUCAUUCACAGGAUAAUGUUCAAAUCCUGAAACCUGGUUUUAAACAACUUUAGCUUAAUGAAGCAGUUUUGGUGUAUAGAACAUGCCCCUGCAGCCUCACUUCUCAAUCCUCUGCCAUUUAGGAGUUAAAUCCCUUUGUUUAUGAACCCUAGUCACACCUCCCUGCAUGUGACUUGCACAGCCUUCCAUAAACACUUCCUGUGAAGAGAGCCCUAUUUAGGCUUUCUUUAUUGCAAGUUCUGUUUAAUUAAGAUUUUCUUAUCCCCUGCUAUGUUAAUAGCUUGCUAGACCCUGCAAGAGCCUCCUGUAUGUGAUUAAAUUUCAAUUUAGAGAUUGAGAUACAAUUAUUUAAGGUAAAUUACAUCUGUUUGAAAGUGAAACCAGGUUUUUUUUUUCAUGCAGGCUCUGUCAAUCAUAGCUAGGGGAGGUGUGGCUAGGGCUGCAUAAGCAGAAACAAAGUGAUUUAACUCCUAAAUGACAGUGAAUUGAGCAGUGAAAUUGCAGGGGAAUGAUCUAAACACUAAAACUGCUUUAUUUAGCUAAAGUAAUUUAGGUGACUAUAGUGUUCCUUUAACAAUAUACCUUACUGUCUCCACCUUCUAACUUAAAACACAAACCAAGCUCGUGUAAACACACUGAUUUUAUUAAAGACAUGGAGGCUCCUAUUAUGCAUUCUCUUUCUUUAUUAUACUCUCAGCAGCAAGAAAGAGAAAAUUAAUAAAAUCAUGACUUUACGUCAUGUUAAUAGUAAAAUCUGGGAAUUGUAUCCUGUAUGGACUGUUGUUACCAUUUUUCAGUCUGUUGAACACCAUGACCUUGACCUCUAAUUGCCCAUUUAUUGCUUGAAUGCUUAUCUUCUCUAAUGAUCAAUUUUACAACAACUCACCUAUCUGUUAUCCGUGACUUGCUUUCUGCAUGCAUAGAUUUCACUAUAAAUAAAAUAACUGCCCGUUUCUACUUUUACAGCUAAGAACACACAACUAUUAUUGCUUGUACCUUUAAAAAUGCACUGUUUCGAUUGGUUGAAAUUUACGUAUACGUACGUGCUGUCAGUGAACUUCUUACGCUGAACAGCUGUAUGUGCAAGUAUUUGGUUGCAACGUUGUAAUUUCAAUGCAUUUAUUAUUUCAUUCAUGUCAGUGGGAUCUGGAACUGAUUUAAUUCAACGUAUAUUGAAGUUUGUACAUUUUGAUAUACAUAUAGAUUAUCGACACAGUGCCUCUUGAUGACAAGUCUCCUGAUAUGUUUGAGCCUUUCCGACCUUUGUAUGAAGUUAUACCAGAUAUGCCUCGUCCUCCAGAUUCAUUCUUCAAGGAAACCCCUGGUGGGUACACUCUCUAUGUAAGCAAAAUGCAAGAAAUCUAUGCAAAAUACAAAUAUACAGCACUUUUCAAACUGUUUAUUAAAGGACAACUGUCAUUUCAAAACUUUUUUUUAGUAUAAUAAUCCUUUCACCAUUAAUUUCCAUAAAAAUAAUUUUAAAAAAAUAGUUCUAUUUACCUUUUUCCAGCACCUAGACUACCUCGGUGCUACUGUCCUCUCCGCCUCCUCCACAAAAUUGAGAAGGCAUGGCUUCCUCCAGUGAUGGUCCAGUCCAAUGCUCGCAUUUGUGAUGAGCAUCGCGAAUGCAUCCAUUUCUCAUAGAAAAGCACUGAAUCCAUGGGUUUUACUCUGUCAGUGCAGCAGACCUCUAAUGAAACCUUAAAGAGUUAAACAUACAGAACCACUGCUCUCAAACCAGUUUAUUGAGAAUCCAUGGUCUGGGAGAUUUUAAUAGUCCUUUAAUAGUGUUGGAUUCACAAGCACAGACCUUUAUUUAUGCAUGCAAUGUUUUCCUUCUUUGUUUGUGAACAUAUUGUAGAAGAUACAGAACGUGCUGGUGUUUUAGUAGUAACUAUUAGGCGUGUCUGUGAGGUUUGAGUGGCUGUAUGCAUCAUCAAGCUGUACCGUCACUUUAUGAAAAGCUCAUGUAGUCUGUGUAGGAAUUUAGCAAAAAUUCCAGUGCAAUCAAAAAAUAUCAUAAGACAAAAAGGGGACUAUUUUUGCUUAGAUAGGCAGAAGCAGACAUGUCACAUUAGGGGUGUUUCAAAACAUUGAAAGACCCCAAAACUGACAGUGCCACUGUAUCUAUAUUGAUUUGUACUCAUGACGUCCUUUGAAAUAAGAUAUUUAAGCAUGGCAACUUGCAUUAUCAAAUCAAGGGUUAGGUUGAAUACCCACAGAUAAGGUUAUCUCUGUUUGAACAAGGAAUUUCCACAUAGUCUUUAAUGGGGAAGGUGCUAUGUAGCAACAAUUGAUAAACCUAUCUCUGAUCACCAACGCAGCCCAAAGGUUUUUAUUCCCCUCUUGAAACACGAGUUAAGUGGCAAUUAAAGUGGUACUUUCAGAAAUAAUACACUACUGUCAUCAAAAAAGUAAAAUACACGUUUAUACAACAUAGUAUUCGUAGAAUCACAGUGCAGCUUUUAUAUAAUAAUAAUAAUAUUUUUUUUUAUAGUGCUUUUCUACCUGUGAGACUCAAAGCACUUUACAAAUAUAAAGACAUAAAAGUUAGGAGUUUCUGAAGGUCAGAUGAGUGGACUGAAUGCCUGAUGGAAGAGGUGGGUCUUUAGAUUUUUUUUUUUUUAAAGUCUGUGCCUCUCUGAUUGGCACGGUAAAGAGUUCCAGAAGGUAGGGGCAGUUUGGCUGAAUGCCCUGGAACCUGAGUCUGUCUUUAUUCUUGGCACUGACAAGAGGGAUUUGCUGGCUGACCGAAGUGAAUGGGAUGGAAUGUAGGGUGUCAGGAGCUCUUUCAGGUACUGUGGGCCUUGAUUGUUUAAGGCUUUGACGGCUAGCAGGCCAAUUUUAAAAUAUGUUUUCGCCACUUAAUUGUAAGCCAGGGAGUGGAGAACAGGUGUUAUCUGGCAGGAACGAGUUUGAUUGGUUAGUAGUCCGGCUGCUGCAUUUUGUACAGUCUGAAGGCGAUGGAGUUCUUUUUCUGGGAGACAAAUGCAUGGAUUAAUGUUUGCAUAUCAUCCAGUGAGUUUUGUCAUGCCUAGGACAGCACAAAACCAGGAUACACCACUGGAUGUAGCAAGUGUGUGCAUACAGGCUAUAGUGUGUGUGUAUGUGUAGGUGAUGUAGUGUUUGUAGAGAGUGUGUGUUUAGGGGUGUAGUAUGUGUUUGCUUACAAGGAAUUUAGUUUGUGUAUGUUAGGAGUGUAGUGUGUGCGUGUAUAUAUAUGAGUCAAGUGUGUGUUUGAAGGACCCAGAAUGUGUAUAGGAGAUCUAGUGAGUGUGCGUAUAUAACGGAUUCAGAGUGUAUAUAGAGAUCUAGUGUGUGUAUGUGUGUAGAUGAUACAGAGUUGGGUAAGGGAUCUAGUGUCUGGAAUGUAAUGUGUUUAGGGGUGCAGUAUGUGUGUGAGGGGUGCAGUAUGUGUGUGUAUAUAUAUAUAUAUAAGUAUUGUGUAUGUAUGUGGUGCAGUGUGUUGGGGGGUUCUGUGUGUAUGUGAAGGGUGCAGUGGGUGUGUGUGAGGGGUGCAGUGUGUGAGGGUGAUGUGUGUAAGUGCUAAGUGUGAUAUGUGUGAGAGUGUUGUGUAUAAUGUGUGUGAGAGUGCUGUGCGUGAUGUGUGUGAGAGUGCUGUGUAUGAUGUGUGUGAUAGUGCUGAGUGUGAUGUGUGUGAGAGUGCUGUGUAUGAUAUGUGUGAGAGUGCUGAGUGUGAUGUGUGUGAGAGUGCUGUGCAUGAUGUGUGUGAGUGCUGUGUAUGAUGUGUGUGAGAGUGCUGUGUGUGAUGUGUGUGAGAGUGCUGUGUAUAAUGUGUGUGAUAGUGCUGAGUGUGAUGUGUGUGCGAGUGCUGUGUAUGAUGUGUGUGAGUGCUGAGUAUGGUGUGUGUGAGAGUGCUGUGUGUGAUGUGUGUGAGAGUGCUGUGUAUAAUGUGUGUGAGAGUGCUGUGUAUAAUGUGUGUGAGUGUGCUGUGCAUGAUGUGUGUGAGUGCUGUGUAUGAUGUGUGUGAGAGUGCUGAGUGUGAUGUGUGUGUGUGAAUGUUAGAAGGGAUUGUGUGUUGGGGGGUAAAAAAACAAAUACAAAAACUAAGCAAGCAUUAUAUCCCCCCCUCCCUUCUUACCUUUAGCCUGGGGGUGAGGGGGUGGCACAGUGGUACCUGGGAGAGAGAGUGGGGUGGACCGGCACUCUCACACCAUCCCUGGCUAGAGUUCACUCUCGCGAGAUCGGGGCGUUGCCAUGGCACCGCUCCGGAUCUCGCGAGAGGAACCCGGCAGAGCUGCAAGAUAGAGCUCCGCCGGGUCCUCCUCUCCCUUCAGCCACAUGUCUGUCCAAGUGGGCCGGCAUUUGCCCGGUGUGCCCGAUGGCCAGUCCGGGCCUGUCUGGUGCAAUUAAGUGUUGUAUCCUGGCUAUGUUUUUCAGAUGAAAGUAGGCAGAUUUUAUUACAGAGGAAAUCUGCUGUUUAAAUGAUAGUCCAGAGUCAAUCAGCACUCCGAGGUUUCGUACCUUUGAUGAACUAAUGAGUUCAGAGCCUCCAAGCUCCAGACCAGUUGGGUGAUCGUGGGAUAAUUUUGUUACCUGGGGUCACCUCACCAAGAGUAACUCUGUUUUGUCCAGGUUCACUUUAAGCAAACUAGCAUUCAUCCAUUCUAUGAGGUCUGCUAAGCAACUGUUGAUGCAGCAUGUUGGGUCAGUGGUAUCUGGAGCAGAGGAGAAGUGUUCUUUUAACCUUAGGUAGGUUAGCAGCACAUAAGAGACAUCUCAAAGUGUCCAGUCAAGGUCUUUUUGGCUUAUUUAUGGUGGCUUUAGUAUAUUCCGUACCUUACAGUCGCUUGCAAAUUAUUCCUACCUACCAAUUCAUCUCAGUCUUGACUGCAAACAUUUAACCACUUCCUCCAGUGCAGUAACCUUUUAAACCACACGAUGGCACUUCAUAUUAUUGCGUUUUUUUAAUAACCUGUCAUGCCCUUAACAAUUUACACUCACUAGCAUUUUAGCUAUACAUUGUGCUAGCAGUUUUGCUAUCAAAUGUAUAGUUCUGGAGAAAAACCUAUUUAAAAUUAGGUUCUUCUCCCAGAUGUCCUGUUUCAUAACAAUUUCACUUGAAACAAUGCCUUAUCAUUAAGAACAUUUUGGAAUACAGCAGCUCUGACCUAAACUGAUACCGUAUCUCGAGUAAACACAUUUUUUUAACGUUUAGUCUAAUAUGUUAAAAUGUGUAUCAUUAUAAAUAAAGUUUUUAAAAUCCUCAAAUUACUAAGCAUUUUUGUAUUACUGUAGCAUUUACUUUCAAGGAUAAAAAAAAGAAAAUAUAAACACUUGCUAUGUUGUGUUAACCUUGUGGCGAAGCUCCUGUACUCUGACUGAGUACCUCCCCCAGGUCAGCUUCCUCUCUGCUACCAGAGACUCUGGAGCGCUCCAGACCCAAUUGCCGAAGCUUGACUGGUGUCUCUGAAGACCAUUUCUCUUCUUGCAUUUUCUAUAAUAUAUUUAGGGUACUCCCUUUCCUUAAAUCUAUUUAAAGGGUUAAAAAUAGCCAUAUGUGUUUAUAAUCACUAUCCCUCCCUCUUUAUACACAUUUUUUUUUUAACAGUUUCUUUGCUAUUUUUUGGUGCUUUCAAAGCCUCUUUUAAUCUUGUUAAUUUUUAUCAGAUAAUAUUUUCUCUCCAUCUACUCUUACUCCUUCUUAGAGUGUUGCUACCAAACUGAAUGUAUAAUAUUAUUAUACAAUGAUUAGAGGCACAGUAUAUCUAAUUUGCAUGCGCGGUUCAUGCAUUAGGUGAAACUAUCUUUUUAACAGUCAAGAUGUCUCCCUUAUUUAGAGCUUGGAAAUCCCGAUGACGAGGAACCUGAGCUUGGGCUAAAGGAAGUCGUCUGCUCUCCAUCCGCAGCUUUUCAAACUUCCAUACCUCAAGAUGAGCAAGUGUGGGUGCAUUCACAGUCAGAUCAACAGGGAGAAGAAAUACGAAGUGACCCUAUAGGUCUGUGUAUACAUAUAAUCCAGCAUUCCACAGUAACCAUAUACAGCAGGAAUUAACAAACCAGAUGUUUUAAGGGGUUAAAGUUGACCUAUCAUUUGCAAAGACAUGAAAUAUAUAUUAUGUAAAAUAAAACAUGUCUCCAGCAUGUACAUUGCUCCAGAAUCAGAGUAGGUGUGUUAUGGCACCGAUGAAGCCUGGUGUUGGCUUUGCUAUACUUGUAAACUCUGAUUUCAUAUACAAAUAAAACCAGUUUAAUUGCUUCUGGGUUACCGUCUGCUCCUGUCUAAUCUGAAUAUUCAUUCCUGAUUUCCAGGAGAGGCUUCCAACUUUGUACCACAUGCAAGGGAUGUGCAUAGCUGGGCAUCCAGUAAUGAAGAUUUCUGUGACAGUAUAGAAGAAGUAGAACGUGUACAGGUAAGAAAGCUUCAAGGGAAAUCAUUAGAAUUCUGUUACAAAGAGUGCCAAUUAGAGCGUAAACUAUUUAAAGGACCACUAUAGUGCCAGGAAAACAUAAUCGUUUUCCUGGCACUAUAGGGUCUCUAGGUCCCCCCCCCCCACCCUUAGGGUCCCCGUCCCGCCGGGCUCUAGGGUGAGGAAGGGGUUUAACACAUACCUUUUCUCCACUGCCGGGCUCCCUCGGGGGUGGGGACUCUCCUCCUCCUUUCCCCCGUCAUCGUCUGAAUGUGCAUGCGUGGCACGAGCCGUGUGCGCAUUCAGCCAGUCCAUAGGAAAGCAUUCUCUGAAACUGCUAUGUUUACAGCAGAAAGGGUUAAUCCUAGAUGGACCUGGCACCUAGACCACUUCAUUGAGCUGAAGUGGUCUGGGAGUCUAUAGUGGUCCUUUAAGGAACACUCCUGACUGGCGUUAACCCAUUCUAGCUUUAUUUUACACUUUAUUUAACAUAUUCAAAAAUAUAUGCAAAAACAAUGAAGUAAACAUAAUAAAAUAAUAAAAUUAAAAAAAUUAAAAGAUACUCACGCAUGCUGUUGCCAUAUUUGCUGUAAAACCCAGGCUUUGUAGCUUCAGCAAUGAGCUCUGCCCUGGCUAGGAAUUGACUCAGCCAGUCAAGACACACAAAUAACUUUCAAAGUGAUACUUGGCUUAUCUUAAUAAUUCACAGCAAAGCUUUAUGGUUCACCCAAGAGAGUUGUAAUCAGUUGUUUGCUUUCUGUCAUAGAAUACUGUGAAAGCUCCUGUGAAGAUGGGAGUUUAUUAUACUUAUAGUGAUUAUGGCAACUUUUCACAUUCAUAAAACACUAUCAGGGUUAUUCAGUAAAGUGAGAAUUCAAAGUAAAUUUAAAACUUUUGGCCGAAAUAGCCAAGCUUAAAUCACAACUGAGUUAAAGAAUAUUUUUACUUGAUUAUUUUGGCCUUAAUAUUUUUAAAUACUCUUUUGAGUUUUCACUUUAGUAAAUAACCAUGUUUCUGUAGGAGGCAGGAAGUAUAAACAUUAGAUGACUCUUUACAGGAAGUGUUUAGGAAGGUUGUGUAACUAUGGUGUGAUGGAGGUGUUACUAUGGCUGCAUAAAGAAAGUGAUUUAACGCCUAACUGGCAAUGAACUGAAGAGUGAGACUGCAGCGGCAUGAUCUGUACACCAAAACUGCUUUAUUAAGCUAAAGUUGUUUUGGUGACUAUAGUGUCCCUUUCAUCUUCUUCUGAAUGCUACUACUGCAGGGCAAGCCUUUUCAUGUGCUGCCCAUCAUGGUGGUAACCCUAGUUAUGUUGCUCUGAGUGUCCUAUUCUAUGUUAAAUGACCUAGACAUCUUUUACAUUUUUUGUGAGGAUGUCCUCUGCAUCUGUAGCUUGCAAUACCACAAAUGGUCACAUGGGUAAGAUAUAAUCUUUACAGCCCUUAUUACUGAAUGCUAAAGGAGUUUGUUCAGAUAGUCUUUGUGAGUUAACAAAUAUGUAUGCUAGGAAUUUUAACAAAUAGUAAGUUCAGGUUAGUAGACCAAAUUAUUAUUAUUUUAUAAAGUGCCAUAGUACUGUGCAAUAGGUGGACUAACAAACAAGUAGUUGCAACGGGACAUGUUAGACAUACAGGAAUAGAAGCAUCUGAGGCCCCUUCUCAAACAAACUUACAUUCUAGGUGGGGUGGGGUAUUUUGACACAAGAGAUAAGGGUGGGAUGUAAUAGAAAAGUAGGUUGUUAGAAGAGUCUACAAUGAAGUUGUGAAGUGUGUACUCCUGCCCUCACUGUCCAAAAUAGUGCCCUGAUCGGAGAAUCCGUGCCCAAGUUCAAUCCAGGGUGGAGUUCCAUGUGUGCUGAUGUUUAGUCCUGGUCUCCAAAAAGAGGUUCACGGACCUCUGUGGAAGGAAAUGCUCUCAAGCCCAAGGUAUCAUCAGAUGGCUCCUUGUCUCCCUGACCUCACUUCCAGAUAGCGCUCUAGUUGGAGUUCGGGGGACCUAGCUAUACCCACUUAAAGAUUGACUGGAUGUCGGCAUUGUCCUGAUUCGAAGAACAGUUCCAGAGAAUCACCUGGUCAGGCGCUCAAAAUGUAAAUCGAGUCCAAGCAAUCCCCAGAGGUCCUCAAGUCUGGCUGGGAAGCACAGUAAGCUUCCAAGGCCCCCAUACCUCUCCUCACAGUGACAAUGCCCCUUUAGAGGCUCUUGGGACCAGUCCCAUAGUAUAUGGGCAGGAAACUGGCCUUCUAGCCUCUCCAGAAGUCUGUGGCAAGGGAGCCUCCAUCACAACAUGAAAUGUGAAGAAAAGGCAGGAAAGAAAUCUAAUGAAGUCUAAAAAUACAGGCUAAUAUGCCAAGUUACUUAACUUGCGCACUCACAUUUUUAUAGUCUCUUUUUAUAGUUUAGUAACUGGGCUAACAGAGGCUCACGCUGCUCCCCCAGCCUAGACAAUUGUUUGACCUAUAAGCCAGAUGACAAACCAUUGGGUGCAAACCAGGAGUUUCCCCGGAUACAAGACGUGGUUUUGCAGAAAUUGUACAAGUCACAGAACUUGGGAAAAAUAGAUGUGAUUCUUUCAGCUUGUUUGAGCAGAUCUCUUACCACUUUCUGUUCCUGAACAUCCAUCUUAUCUACUGCCAAACUACUACUUUUUUUAGUCCAACCAGCGCUGCAGAAUAUGUUGGUGCUUUAUUAAUAAUAAUCAUAUUUAGUCUGUCAGUAACCCUCACGCAUAACUUUCAGGGAGAUGCCAAAGUCAGUCAAACCACCACCAUUUGUGUCUCCUUUGGCUUGAUGAAUCACUGAAUUCUCCUGUAGAAAUUACUUUCCCUAUGUUACAUUCAUUUUUGGAAUUGUUCUGCAGGUGUUUGAAGAUAUCGAUUCCCAGAUCAAACCUCACCUUUUUCAACCAGCCUCAGACGCCACAACCCCAAAUGAGCACAGCAGGAGGCAGAAGCGAACCACACUGAGGGAUACUGAAUGUGAUGUAGAGAUAGGUACAAAUCAGACAUGUAAUCUAAGGAGGUUUGGGUGUACCUGGAAUUGUAAAGGAGCAUGUAUUGUAUGUAUAUUUCUCUCAAAGCUUCUAACUAUAUAUUUUAUGGAAAAUAUUUCAAUUUUGCAUUUUAGUGACUCAGUCAACUAGUGAAUCCUGGCUUGUGAGCUCUGGAGAAACAUUCAAUUCAGACAUGCCCAGUGGAUCACAGAUCAGGAAAGAGCAUUCACCUCACCAGCUGAGCCCCCAGAUUGCUGCCACAGUGGAUGCCCUGCAAGCAUCCAUCCAGGGCAUCAGUCAGCGUCUUGAAAGUCUGGAAAAGAUGCUGCAGGUUACCCAACAUCAUUAAUCUGUUAAAAUGUGUUACAGAGGCUGAUAUUUUACAACAUGUGUCUGUGUGUGUCCUUUUGAUAAAUAGACUUUAAAAGUUUAUUUAUGUAUUUAUUAUCCUAUUAUCCCGUUACAUGAGAAAAAGCCCUCUUUUCUUCUUUCAGGCUCAGCUGUUGGAGGAAACUCCACAUCAACCUGACAAAGAGAUGGUGAGUUAUCUUGUCAAUAACUCCAUAUAGCAUACAUACAAUAGGAAGCAGACAGAUCCCCAUAGUCCCCAGGAGUGUGCACUGUGGAGAAUGUAUUAAAUCACCUCUGCACACAGUGAUCUGCAUUCUAGUCAUACAUGCAUUGGGAACUGAACUGAAUAAUUCAAGGACUCACAACAAUGUUUAAAUCAGAUUGCCCAAGCAGCACCACAUUCAUUUUGCUGUGUUUUGUAGCAUUAUCAAGGAGAUUUGUACAAAUCACUGUUGUAGCAAAGUGCAAGAAAUUAGUAGGUGUCACUGCUGGAGCGGUGGAAAAAUACUUAGCAAUAUUGUAGCAGAAUAAGAGAGAUUUGUGCUUAUCACUUUUUUAGCAAAGUGAGAGAGAUUUGCUAUGUCACUGUUGUAGCAGAGUGAGAGAGUCAUGUACAUAUCACUCCUGUAGCAGAGGGUGAGUACAUAUCACUGUUGUAGCAGAGUGAGAGAGAUUUGUACAUAUUACUGUUGUAGCAGAGUGAGAGAGAUUUGUACAUAUUACUGUUGUAGCAGAGUGAGAGAGAUUUGUACAUAUUACUGUUGUAGCAGAGUGAGAGAGAUUUGUACAUACUGUUGUAGCAGAGUGAGAGAGAUUUGUACAUAUUACUGUUGUAGCAGAGUGAGAGAGAUUUGUACAUAUUACUGUUGUAGCAGAGUGAGAGAGAUUUGUACAUACUGUUGUAGCAGAGUGAGAGAGAUUUGUACAUAUCACUGUUGUAGCAGAGUGAGAGAGUCGUGUACAUAUCACUGUUGUAGCAGAGCGUGAGUACAUAUCACUGUUGUAACAGAGUGAAAGAGUUUUGUACAUAUCACUGUUGUAGCAGAGUGAGAGAGAUGUGUUCAUAUUACUGUUGUAGCAGAGUGAUAAAGCUUUGUACCUAUCACUGCUUUAGCAGAUUGGAAAGAACUGAGGGAUACUCUAUUUCUACAAAAAUCCAUAUCUAGAAGACUCACAGGGUUAUUUAUUAAAUUGAGAAUGGUUGGGAAUUCAAAGUGAAUUUCAAAUUUAAGGCCAAAGUAGCUGACCUGAAAGCUGAAUACAAACGUAUUCCUAACACUUUAGUUGGAAAAACACAUUUCAGGUACCCAGCUUCCUUGCCUCCUGUUAUAAAGUUAAUUUACCUUUUUCCAGCAUGGCGCUGCUCUCGUUGUGGCUAGCUCUGUCCACGCUCCGCCCCCUUGGCUGAGCUCAUCAUCUCAGUUAAUCCGAUGCUUUCCCAUUUGAAAGCAUUGCGUGAAAAACACUGCACUGAGUCAGUCAGUAUCUCCUCAUAGAGAUACAUUGAAUCAAUGUAUCUCUGUGGGGAGGGGGCAGCUGAACGUUAGUGCUGCACAUUGUGCAGCACUGACCGAGGAAGCACCUCUAGUGGCCAUCUGUGUGACUGCCACUAGAGGUGUUACUAGGCAGCAAGUUAAACACUACCUUUUCUCUGAAAAGGCAUUGUUUACAUUAAAAAGCCUGCAGUGACAGGCUAUAGACACCAGAACAAAUACAAUAAGCUGUAAUUGUUCUGGUGACUCUAGAGUCCCUUUGAGUAAAUAACCCUGUGACGCUUCUAUCUAUGGAUUUGUAGUAGACAGUGGGUGUCUUGUACAUGUUGAAAGUAUUACUCCUUUAAUAUUAUUAAUACCUUUGCACCUCAGCAUAUUUCCUUUAUUUCAGAAAUCUUGGAUCUCUCUCUUCAUCCAAUCUCGGACUCUGUUCUUUAUUUUUGUCUGGCCGUUCAUUGUGCACUGGCUGUUGCGUAGAUCGUACCGAUGGAAAAGAUGACCUGCCUUCUACCUCAAUCAAACUAUCAAUUUUUAAUGUUCAAACAUUCAUGGAGCCACAAGUAAAUGCAAUAAUUAGACAUGAGCAGGGGAAAAUAUACUGUAGAAACCUGAGGACUGAGAGAAAUCUGAUUUUUUUUUUGCUGCUGGAGAUUGAAGCUCCCAUGGUUUGCUGGCCAGCUUCGUCAUGCAGCAAGACAUCCAAAGUCAACCAUCACAGGAUAAUCAUUACACAGUACACGGCUCUGACACUUGCCUGACAAUAAAUCCCUCAGUCGUUCCUUGAUUUGGCACCUAUGACUAAAUACGCUAAUUUUAUUAUGUUUUUUAUGUAUUUCCUAUUUUUGUUUACCGCGUUUCAAUGCUUCUUUGCCUGUAUGAGGCCUGAAGCGUGUGAGACAGUCACUUGCCACAUCAGGACAAUUACAAUUAUUUAUAUAGCACCAACUUAUUCCACAGCGCUGUACAAUAGGUAAACAAGACAUUUAAUUCUAACAAUACAUGUAUGAAAUACGGGGACAUUAGGUGAAGCCCAAAUGAGCGUACAAGCUAAAGAUCAUGUCAGCUUUUUUAAUUUAAACAUGAAUUUAGUGACAAUUGAAUCCAUAGCCAAGCUCUCAGUGUCUCCAUGGUGAGAUAAAUCCUGUAUCAAAAUAGUUUAUUAGUUAUUAUCAAAUUCUUAUUUUGUGCAUAUUAUAAAAAAACUGUUAUUUUCCCCAUGGUACAUCAUUGCAUGCUUUGAAAUUCUUAAAACUGACCAGACCAUAUACAUUUAGGGCACCGCACUCUCCUGGUCCCUGGGGUGCAACCGGGCCUGAGGUAGGCCAAACCUCACUUUGCAGUUCUGGAUAAUAAAUGGCAGUCCAGGCACUGAAGGUGACACAAAAGUAAGCACUGUUUAUUGGAGCAGAAAUAAGCAACGUUUCGACCCUGCAGGGUCUUUUUCAAGCUAACUUGGUGUCACCUUGAGUACCUGGACAGUCAUUUAUUAACCUAUGAUUUAGAGGCAGCAUUAACCUGUAUAGAAGCAGGGAUAUCGUGAAACAAUAAUUACCAAAACAAGCGCGCUAAAUUAAUCUGUAAAUAUAAAGAAAAGCAAAUAAUAGUGCAGACAAUCUGAAUAGUCAUCAAAGAAAAUUAGAGAAAUAUGAGGGAAAAAACUCACAUGUCCCAGAGCCCUAUCACCCCUGGCUCUGGGUUUGCAAAGCUCCUUUGGAGAGGGGAUAUCCCCACACUGAAGAUCGUUCCAAAGAAUGUAUCCACUAGGAGUUCAAUAAUACUGUACGGAAAAGAGAAGGGCAGGACCUCCAAUUGAAUAAUAUCACAAUUAUUAAAUAUCUUGAAACAGUUUACACAUUCUUGUGUUCUGCUUUAGAUUUUUAACCCCGCAAUAAGUAUUUGUCAAAAUAUAUUGCUAUAAAUCAUAGAGAAUCUUUAUAAACAUCCCAGCUUUUUAAAUUAGAACUCUGAGCAACCAGUAGAUGCUGAAAAAGAUGGUGAUUUUAAAGGACCACUAUAGGCACCCAGACCACUUCAGCUUAAUGAAGUGGUCUGGGUCCCAGGUCCAGCUAGGGUUAACCCUUUUUUCUAUAAACAUAGCAGUUUCAGUCACUAGAGGGUUAAUCCAGCCUCUAGUGGCUGUCUCUUGACAGCCACUAGAGGUGCUUGCGUGCUUCUCACUGUGAUUUUCGCAGUGAGAAGACGCCAGCGUCCAUAGGAAAGUAUUGUAAAUGCUUUCCUAUGAGACUGGCUGAAUGCACGCAUGGCUCUUGCCGCACAUGCGCAUUCAGGAGGCGGAGAGGAGGAGGAGAGCUCCCCGCCCGGCGCUGGAGAAAGAGGUAAGUUUAACCCCUUUCUCUCCAUUCAGCCUUGCGGGAGGGGGACCCUGAGGGUGGUCCUUUAACUUCCAUUAGGUGGUCCUUUAACUUCCAUUGUCUGGCCAGUUUGAUAAAUUAAAACGUGGUAAACUCUCACUUUCAUUCUGACACGUAUGUUUGGCACUUCACAACAUGAUGACGAUGGGGUAUUUUUCAAGAUUUGAAAGGUGUUUUCCAAUUCUUUGACGUAUGUUGAGGACUCUACAGAAGUGAACGAUGCCAGUGGGAGAUGAGACAUGUUUGCUCUUUAUAUCUGAUAUGUGCAGUGCUCCAUGUGAGCGUAUCUCAGUGGUUUUAUUAGUAGUACCAUUCAUGUUAUCUUUUAUCAGUGUUACCUCCAACUAGCAUCCUUUUGUGAGCGGUCCAGUAGAGAAAAAUGUAAGAAAGAAAAACCCACAACCUAUAUUGUGCAUAUGAAGAAGGUGUUGCAUGGAAAGAGGAGGGAGUGGCUGUUAAAGAUUUAUUUAGUAAACAUUUUGCUGCUGCACUGAUUAGGGGAGGCCAUAGGCCACAACAUUUCAAGUCAUCAAACUUGGACCGUUUAGAGCACUCCAGAUGUUGUGGACUACAUCUCCCUUGAUGCUUUGCCAGCAUUAUGGCUGUCAGAGCACAAUGGGGGAUGUAGUCCACAACAUCUGGAAUGCUGAAGGUUUCCUACCCCUGCUUUAGGGGUUAUGGGCUGGUAGGCAGUUUUAUUCAGGGACAUUUUAGGUGACAUUAUGGAGUUUAUUCACUAAAUCGGAAAUUGAGGAGAAAUGAUAAGAAAAAUGUAUGUUGAAGCCAAAAUAAUGAAAUUUGACCCAUUUACAGCUCAGCUUUUUUUUUUUUUUUUUUACCUUGGGAGGGUUUGGUGUAACAAUUAGCUUGCUUCCUUUUUUGGGUGCAAUCUAACCACCAAAUGCACGUUGCAUAAUUACUGAGACUGGGUUGUAGGAGCAAUGAUAUGUAAAAAUGCCUCCCACCCUGUUUGUCAGUCACACGGUGCAGAACAUACAAUGGGUGAUCCCAUUGUACAGCGCUACGGAAUCUGAUGGCGCUAUAUAAAUAAUAAAAUAAUAAUAAUUAAUGAAAAGCUGUAAUGAUUUGAACUGCUGUUUAGGCAUAAACUACUUAUCACAUGAUAUCCCGAUGGACAGAGGAUUAUGGGAUAAGAUAAUUCUCCAUAAACCUGAUUGGAGUGUCUCACCAAUGUGUGGGAGGGGUCUUCCUGCAGAUGUACACAGACACCACUGCAGUGGCAGCUGGUGAAAUUUAAAGAUGCCGCCCCCCCUACCUCGGGCUUAGGCACUUAAGACCAUGAGAUGUCAUAGCCUGAUUAAAGCCAGCUGCAUGGAGGAUGGAAGCUGUACAUAUAAUCCUGGCUGACGUGUUGUUUUCUUUUUAAUGCACACUUAUCAAUAAUCCUUACAAUGCCAAUAAAAUUUAAUAUAUUUUUUUUUUUUACAAUAAAAAACUGGGGUUAUUACCUGCCCCUAUGGACCAGACUCCACCGCCCCAGUGAAAGUUGAAUAGAGACACUUUAAAGGUUUGUAACUUUGUUAUUUAAUACUAUAUAUUAUAAUACUGUAGCGUGUACUCACCUCCCUCAAGCUAUACAGUCCUUCUCCUGCCACGCGGCAUAAGGUAGCAAGUACUCACCUCCCUCGAGCCGCGCAGCCCUCCUCAGUGGCAUAAUAUCUAUAUAUAAAUUGUAGGCGUGACAUCACGCCUGUUCAUAAAUUGACCAUGUCAUCAUUGCGAUCCUAAUCUAUUUUGAGUUGUAAUAAUGAUGUUGAACAAUCAGUACACAGGUAAGCCUAUUGUGGUUUCUUGUUAAAUCAUUGUUUAGUGCUCCUACAAAUUCUCUUGUGAUUUCCUGUGUUUGACCUCGGCUUCGUAUUUGACUUGUGAUUUCUGGUAUCCUGGCUUCGACUUCGUAUUUGACUUGUGAUUUCUGGUAUCCUGACCUGGCUUCAUACUUGACUCGUGAUUUUCUGGUAUCCUGACCCAGCUUUGUAUAUACUCUGUGUAUUUCUGUGUUCCUGACCUUGAUUUAUUCCUGACUUCGUUUCUAGCUAUAUUAAUACGUUAAGUCCGGCCAUUCUAAGGCUCGGUAAUACGUCUUUCGAGAUCCAUCUUUGUGGGUUUCCUCUUUCCUAUGUGUUGGGGUACGACUCCUGUGACAAAUACCUUAAAAGAAAUAUUGGGUCACAUUUUGAAUAGGCAAUCCUUAUAAGUCUGUCGAAAAUAUGCAGGAGAUCUAUGAUUUACAUAGGAAACAUAAUUAAAGGAUCUACACACAACGAAAAUAAUUUACAAAUCAUUCACUCAAAUGUGAAUUAUCUGGAAUUUAAAAUGAAUUUUUAUAUUUUAGGAACAAAAAAGCCGAAUUGUAUGAAUUCUUCAAAUUAUACUCCGUAAUACAGGUUUACAGUGCUGUGCAUUUUCAUUAGAAUGUUGGAAGUAAAUAUCAG